ACAACAUUACAAACCUACGAUACUUACAAAGAGUCUAGAGUCAGAAAAUAUCCUUCCCUCUUCGAUCAGUUCUCCCCCACCACAACAAUAAGGAAAAAAUUAAAGAAGCAAAAGCUAUAUACUUUAUUAAGAAGAUGGGUGUCAAAAGGGACUUCAAUGUGAAAGUGAUCAAUACUGAGGUGGUGGCAGCAAUGUUGCCAAUGCAAGAGCAUUGGCUGCCACAGUCCAAUCUUGAUUUGCUUUUGCCUCCAGUGGAUGUUGGAGUUUUCUUUUGUUAUCAAAAUCCCAUUAUUUCUGGGAAACCAAAGUUUUGGUCAUUUGAAUCAAUGGUCAGUGUUCUUAAGGUUUCUUUGGCUGAAACAUUGGUUUCGUACUAUGCAUUUGCAGGGGAGUUAGUUCAGAAUCUUGCUGGAGAGCCUGAAAUUCUUUGCAACAAUGCUGGAGUCGAUUUCACAGAAGCUUGGGCUGAUGUUAAGCUCAAAGAGAUCAACUUUUAUAAUCCAGAUGAAAGCAUAGAGGGCAAGCUUGUACCAAAGAAGAAGAAUGGGGUACUAGCUGUUCAGGUCACACAACUCAAAUGUGGCGGAGUAGUUUUGGCAUGUACAUUUGAUCAUAGAGUUGCUGAUGCUUAUUCAGCCAACAUGUUUCUUGUAUCAUGGGCUGAAAUAGCACAGUCCAAACCACUCUCUCAGCUCCCAUGUUAUCGACGAUCCUUUCUUUUUCCACGGCGUCCCACUUACUAUGAUCCUUCAAUUGAUAGCAUGUAUUUACCUAUCUCAGCCCUGAAGCAAGAGACCACAAAUAUUGAUCAUGAUGAUCAAAUUAUAAGUAGAAUUUACUACGUCAAGUCUGAAGAAAUCAACCGCCUCCAAUCACUAGUCAAUUGUAAUAGUAACACAAAAUUUACUAAACUUAAAACGUUCAGCGCUUUCCUAUGGAAAACUAUAGCCAGUGGUACUAUGGAAAUUACAAAGAGCGCUAACAGUAAGAACUUCAAGUUGGGAAUUGUGGUCAACGGUAGAAGUAGAUUAUUAAGGGACGGAGAUGAAGAACAAGCCAGGGUGCUAAAAGGGUAUUUUGGGAAUGUUGUUUCCAUCCCAUUUGGUGAUAAAAAAGUGGAGGAACUAAAAGAGAAAUCCUUGAGUUGGGUGGCAAGUGAAGUUCACGAGUUUCUUGAACGUGCAGAAAGUAAAGAACAUUUUCUUGGGUUAAUAGAUUGGGUUGAGAAUCAUCGUCCAGAACCAGCUCUAGCAAGAAUUUAUGCCACGAACGAAGAGGGGCAUGCGGUGGUGGUGUCGUCCGGGCAACAGUUUCCUGUGAGGAAGAUUGAGUUUGGAUGGGGAGAGGCAGUGUUUGGUUCGUAUCAUUUUCCAUGGGCAGGGAAAUCAGGAUAUGUAAUGCCAAUGCUAAGUCCUAAAGGAAAUGGAGAUUGGAUUGUUUACAUGCAUAUGUUAAAAAGCCAAGUGGAUUUGGUGGAGGCUACUGCAUCAAAUGUGUUCAAGCCAUUGACUGCAGAUUAUCUCAACUUGGAGUAAUUAAUGAUUUUGUAUAUAUGUACUAAUUAAACUUGUUUUCCUUAUUUCUUGUAUGUCUGUGUGAAUGGAUCAUAUAUCGUGGGAUUUUAAAUUUAUAAAUUGUCUUUGUAAGGA